GUCAGCCAAGAUAGAAAGGACGGCACGAUCUCACUCCACCCAUUGGUCCACGCCUGGGCUCGAGAUGUCCUGUCGGACAAAAACGCGAGUUUUGAGGAUGUAUUGCUCUGACCAUGUUGCUAGAGUCCGUCUCGUUCCCUUCCAGAGAAUCCGGCAUUGCAGAUAGGGAGCUUCACGAAGCCACUGUGCCGCACCUUGAUCACUGUCUCCUUAACGCUGGGCAGUUUUCCUUGAUGCCAGCUGGUUCACACGGAGAGCCGAAAAUAAACCUACUCACGCUUUUUAACCCUACUUCGUUGUUCCUCCUCCAGGAACAGAUCGAAAAUUCCGCAAAAUGCGGCUAUGUGUAUGCGAACAGGGGUCGAUUUGACCAGGCCGCUCAUCACCUACGGAUGGUGAAGGAUGCCCUGAUCUGGGUACUAGGUCGGAACAACGAGAAGACCAUGAUGGCAAUGCUGAGGCUAGAAGCCGUAUGUUGGGGUCUAGGAUAGUUGGAAGACGCAAUUCGGCUGCAGACCUCCGCAGUACAGGCACGGUCGAAACGUUAUGGAUCAAAAAAGGAGCAAACACUUCAAGCCAUGGAUCAGUUAGGACGAUCGUAUUGGCUCAUGGAAAAUAUGAUGAAGCACUUCAGCUGCAGAAGACUA